UAUACGUGAAAGUCAGUGACCUCGCAGGAGCUGCUCGGAAACACCUAAACAAAAACAAAAAGCUGCCACCGUUAUCUACUGUAAUCUUCACCGCCAAGAGAAACACAGUCGCCAUGCACUGCCUGAGAGCGCUGCGUCCAACCAGCUCUGCCCAGCUUAUCGUCAAAAGUAUAGAUGCGGCGAAGAAGGUUUUCAUCAUCCAGCCAGCAUGUUGCCUCAACACAAAAUCAACAACCGCGACUCAGCGACGACCGUCCACACACUUGAAUCAUUCCCAUCCGAAAAAGAAUGUGCAUUCAAAGCCCCCCAGCUCUCGAGUGGAGGACAUGCUUUUCUACACCAUCACAGAGGGGAAAGAGCAAGUCCCCAUCUCAUACUUUACCUCAGCCCUGAGGAAAACUGGCCUUCAUCCAUCUGACCCUCGUCUGAAGGAGUGCAUGGAAAAUCUCCGGAGAGCUGUGAAGGAAUCUGUUGGUGAGGUGAUGAUGGACAGAGACCUUUUCCACAGGUGUGUUGGUGGAAACAUCGUCCUGCUUAUUCAGGCCUUCAGGCAGAAAUUUAUCAUCCCACAGUUUGAUGUGUUUGCAAAAAAAAUUAACGAGAUCUACAACACAGUGCAAAAGCAAAGUGAUGGAGUGGUUGCAAACUACAUUCCCCAGCUGGCCAAGUUUAGUCCAGGACUAUGGGGAGUGUCUUUGUGUACAGUGGAUGGCCAAAGACACUCAGUAGGCGACACCAAGCUGCCAUUCUGCCUGCAGUCAUGCGUGAAGCCCCUGCAGUACGCCAUUGCCGUCCAUGAAGCCGGAACAGACAAGGUUCACCGUUAUGUUGGCAUGGAGCCCAGCGGACUCAAGUUCAACAUGCUCUCACUUGAUGAUGAAGAUAAACCGCACAACCCCAUGGUGAACGCUGGGGCCAUAGUGACCAGCUCUCUUAUCAAGCCUCGUUCCAACAAGGCAGAGAAGUUUGACUAUGUUAUGGAGUUUGUGAAAAAGAUGACAGGUCAAGAGUAUGUUGGAUUCAGCAAUGCCACGUUCCAGUCUGAAAAAGAAACAGGCGACAGAAAUUUUGCUAUUGGAUACUACAUGAAAGAGAAGAAGUGUUUUCCUCCGGGUGCAGAUAUGAUCGAUGCCCUGGACUUUUAUUUCCAGCUUUGCUCCAUCGAAGUGACCUGCGAGUCAGGUAGUAUCAUGGCUGCCACUCUGGCCAACGGAGGGAUCUGUCCAAUCACAGGCGAGCAUGUCCUGAGCGCAGAGGCAGUGCGAAACACCUUGAGUCUCAUGCACUCGUGUGGCAUGUAUGACUUCUCUGGGCAGAUGGCUUUUCAUGUGGGCUUGCCUGCCAAAUCCGGAGUAUCCGGUGCAGUACUGCUGGUGAUCCCCAACGUCAUGGGAGUGAUGUGUUGGUCUCCUCCACUGGACAGAGUUGGAAACAGUGUCCGAGGAAUACACUUCUGUCAGGAGCUCGUGUCACUCUUCAAUUUCCACAAUUAUGACAACUUGAGGCACUUUGUGAAGAAGCAGGAUCCUCGCAGACAGGAUGGCGAUGACAGGAACAAGUCUGUUUUCAACUUGAUGUUCGCUGCCUAUAGUGGAGAUGUGUCGGCCUUGAGAAGGUUUGCACUUUCAUCCAUGGACAUGGAUCUGAAAGACUAUGAUUCCCGAACAGCACUACACAUCGCUGCUGCAGAGGGUCACAUAGAUGUGGUGAAGUUCCUCACUGAAACCUGCAAAGUGGAUCCAUUUGUAGAAGAUAGGUGGGGAAACCUCCCAGUCGAUGAUGCCAUGCAGUUCGGACAUGACGAGGUCGUAGCAGUGCUGAAAGACUACCAGCAGGUCUGCAGGCAACAGGAAACACAACAAACUGAGGUUGAGCCUUCCUCGAAGCUGGAAACCAUCGAAGGCAUGGUGUGAUGUCUGCAAGCGGAGCCUCAAAAUGCAACAUGUCAGGGCAUAUGUGCAAUGUGUCACAGUUUGAAAUACAGUAAUGGACUGGUAACACAGAGUACUGCAGGAGUGCCAAACACAGAUCCAAACUGAUCUACUGACUUCGGUCGAGUAACUUGACUGUGGGAAUUAACUAUGCAAGCUGCAGCAAGGGAAAAGCUUUACCAGUGAAAUGGAAAAUUGUAUAAAUAUGCAAACAGCAUAUAAAGUAGGUGUGAAAUUACAAUACAGACAAUCGGCUGAGGAAAAAUAAUGACACAACAAUGCAAUAAAAUGUAACUAUUUUGCAUAAACAAUCACAUAUUUGCUGCAAACAGUUUCAGCUUAAUUUCAAAUGUUUAUUUCUGAAAGACAACACGAACCUGGAUACUAUGUUCAUGUUCUGAUAAGAUUCGUGAAAAGUUAUAUGGAGCUCAGGGUCUCACUAUGGUUGCAGAGAACUGAAAAGAUAUUUAUACAAGUGCUUCUUUUUACUUACAACAGUGCUUUAUGUUUUUACUGUUAUAUGUUUUUAAUGCUCUUGUUGUGCCUUGAUGAAAACAGCCUCUUUUAAAUAUGUAAAACUAUCUGGUGUGUUUGAAUGCAAAAGCAAAUUUGAUCACAGUACUAUAUGAUCCCAAUACAGUGAAUGUAGGACUCAUUGUAUAUAUUUUGUUCUUCAGCUGUAAAUAAAUGUACUGGAUUCCACAUACACUAUUAUUAUAGAAAGUGUCAUAACUACCAAGAGUAAUUUAUGACAUAAAUUAAACAUAUUUUAUUUAUCUACCACCUAUGGUUUUGUUUUUCUUUUGGUUUCACGAGGUUAGUCAAUGCCUCAUGUAGUCUGUUAUUAAAUAUUAUGCAGCAUCCACUAAAUGGGCUUAAAGUUGGAAUACAUGACGGGGAGGUGGCAGCAAGUUGGCAGAAGGACCAGGAGUAAGGAAAAUGUAGUAAGAGACAUUCAGCUAUGGGCACAAUGUACCAGUACUGAAACUUAGACUGGGUGAGCUUCUCCUCUACUUAUCAAUACUUUAUUUAUCAAUGUGUACUUUAUCAGCUUAGGUUCAUUUUCUGACAUAAGCUGUGAUGCAGGCAGAUACAGCAGGCCUCUUCUGUU